AUGGUGCUGGGCCGCGGGCUGUUCGGCCGCCGGAGCGUAGCUGUUCUGGGAACGUACGCUCGCCGCAGCCUGGGUCCGGCCCUGCUGGGCGCCCUCUUCUGCUGCAGCAGCCCCGGGAGGAGAACACGGGUGGAGCAGGCCGCCAUGAAGGUGGAGCUCGUGCCGGCACUGACCGACAACUACAUGUACCUGCUUGUUGACCGGGACACCCGCGAGGCCGCCGUCGUGGACCCCGCUCAGCCCCAGAAGGUGGUGGAGGUGGCGAAGAAGCAGGGCGUGAAGCUGACCACUGUGCUCACCACGCACCACCACUGCUUCCGCAGGGCGCCCAGGCCAGCUGUGGUCAGCUGGGCCCAGCUCUCGGCCCUUUGUUUGGCAGGCGACACCUUGUUUGUGGCUGGCUGUGGGAAGUUCUACGAAGGGACGGCGGACGAGAUGUACAGGGCUCUGCUGGAGGUUCUGGGCCGGCUGCCCCCCGACACGAGGGUGUACUGCGGACACGAGUACACCGUCAACAACCUCAAGUUUGCCCGCCAUGUGGAGCCCCAUAACCCCGCCAUCCAUGAGAAACUGGCCUGGGCCAAGGAGAAGCACAGGUGCGGGGAGCCCACAGUGCCAUCCACCAUCGCCGAGGAAUUUACGUACAACCCCUUCAUGAGAGUGAGGGAGAAGAGCGUGCAGGAGCAUGCGGGCGAGUCGGAUCCUGUGACCACCAUGAGGGCUAUCCGCAAGGAGAAGGACCAGUUCAAGAUGCCGCGGGACUGAGCGCCGGCGGGGCCCCCACCCCCACCCCCACCCGGCCAGGCGGGUCUCUUCGCUGCCCCAGGGCAGGAUGGUUUGCGGUGAAUCUUGUAUGAAUUGCAGAGCCUAUUUAUGAGAAGAUGUUUAAAUAAAAAGUAUUUAUUCCUGUAA